CGUUCACACUUUGAGCGGAGAUGGACCUUGAACUCUUCAAAGAGCUGAUUUUCAAUGUUGACUGGAAUGAACGCUGGCUAUGGGGACUGGGUGGUUUCCAUGCCACCACACUCACAGCCAUCCUAAUCACACGGGGCAGACCCUAUGUCCAAGCAGUAAUUUUCUGCCUGUUAGCCAUCCUAUGCUUUUCAAGUGAAUACAUCAAUGAGUGGGCAGCUAACAACUACCAUCUGUUUGCUGGAGAGCAGUAUUUUGACUCGUCCGGAUUCUUCAUAUUCGCAGUGUUUGCCGCUCCUAUCAUUAUCAACUGUCUCGUCAUGGUGUUCCUGUGGAUGUGUGAGGCGUGGAGGGCCAUGGGUGAUCUGGGCCAGGCCAGAGUCCGCCAUCAGCUCAGGAAAAACAAGGACUCCUCUGGCAAGAAACACAAGUAACAGCUCUAGCCAUGUACGUGAUUAUAGUAGACCUUUUCAACUAACUUUAAACACUGGCCAGUAAGCCCCACUGUGACGGGAGUUUCAUUGUAACCAGAUAACAUUCAGUAUUAAUGGGUGCUUGGGUUGCAUUCAUAAUUCAUAACAGUAUUUUUAAUUUUUAUCAGAAGUCACUGUAAUGGUAAGUACGAAAGUAUGUCCAACUUCGUUCAUAAUU